GCCGCUCGCGCCGCCCAUAACACACCAGGCCACUCCAUCCACCAUCCACACCCACCUUCCCAGCCCAUGACGCCCACCCUCACACACAUCACUUCUUCUUGGUCGCCACGCCGACGGUCUUGCCGUGCCGGCCGGUCGUCUUGGUGUGCUGGCCACGCACAGGGAUACCCCAGUAGUGACGGAGACCUGUGACACGCAACCACGCACACACACACACACACACGCCAGAAUGCAGCCGCUGAACGAGAGAGGGGGGAUUGACUUGCUGUGCUGACGGACCUCGGUGGAGCCUCAUUUUCUUCAUUCUCUCGAGGUCGUCGCGGAGAGAUGCGUCGAGCUGGUUGGAGACGAGCUGCUUGAAAGUGCCGUCCUUGAUGUCCCUCUGUCUGUUGAGGAACCACUUGGGGAUCUUGAACUCCAGGGGGUUCUGCAGGAUCAUCACGAUCCUGUUGAUCUCCUCAGCGGACAACUCACCAGCACUGAUGGGAUGGUGGGAAAGACACAGCAUAGAUAGCACACAGAUGAGAUGUGCGCGUGCGGCCCUCUCCCUCCCUCUCUCCCUCUGCCUGUCUGUCGUCUUGCGUUGCGUGUGUCGACAUCCGUACCGUUUGUUGAGGUCGAUGUCGGCCUUCUUGCAGGCGAGGUUGGAGAUGCGGCGCCCGACGCCACGGAUGGCCGUCACGGCGAACUGCACCUUCUGCUUGCCAUCCACGUUCGUGUUGAGCACACGCAAAAUGUGCUGGAAGUCCUGAUUCGCCAACUGAAUCGACUGAGGAACAGACAACACACAAGCACACACAGACACGGCACGUGAGUGUCGUACGUACGGCUGUGAGAGGCCUCCCCGCAUCGUGAACACCCUCCACCGAGGCGAACACAGCCAGCGGUGGAGAUCUCUGACUGAAGUUGCCUUCCUUCCUGGCUACUGUACGUGUCAUGGCGUGGCCUCUCUGCCGUGUGUUUCCUACCAUCGUGCACACGUUUCCCCUCCUC